AUGUCUUGGCUUCCCUUCUGCCCUUGUCAGCUGUGGAAGACAAUUCUAUCGCUGUUAAGCCUACAGAAUCUACUCUUCUUUGGCCUUUUUGUGCUGGGAGUCAUCGUCAUACUGAUCAUCGUCUCUCGACUCACUUCUGAUCGGCUCCCAAACAUUGCCAUCUACAAAUCGGAACGCUACUAUUUCGAUCCUCAGUCUGGUGAACGGCAUCCACUUCCUCAACUCGGGACGACUCUGCUCUCCAAAGCCACGCCCACAUAUUCCGACUUAAGUCCUGCAACGCUCUACCUUUCCGUAAUCGUUCCCGCGUACAAUGAAGAAACGCGCCUGCCGGUCAUGCUCGAUGAAGCUUUCGGGUAUCUCGAAUCACGCAAAUGUCGCUAUGAACUAAUAGUUGUGGAUGAUGGCUCAACAGAUCGGACAACUGAAGUUGCUCUUGACUAUGUACAAAAGUACGGCUCAGAGAAGAUUCGCGUUAUAACACUGGAAAAAAAUCGCGGCAAAGGUGGUGCGAUUCGCAUUGGAAUCCUUGCGGCUCGUGGCGAGUUUUGCCUCUUUGCCGAUGCUGAUGGGGCCACCAAGUUUGGUGAUGUAAAAAAACUUGAAGCGUUUAUUUUUGCAAAGAAGCAAGCUCAUUCAGAGAAAGAAUCUACUAAUGAGAGUAGCAGUUGGGAUCCAUCGGAACACUCUAUCGCUAUUGGCUCACGAUCUCAUCUCGCCGCCGAAUCAAUCGCCCGACGCUCUGUAUUCAGGACUCUGUUGAUGCACGGCUUUCAUUUAGGAGUGAGGCUGCUGACCGUCCGAACAGUAAAGGAUACGCAGUGUGGAUUCAAGCUGAUGCCACGAAGAAUUGCACACAUUCUCUUUACGCACACUCACAUUGAACGUUGGGCAUUUGAUGUGGAGGUUCUUCUUCUUGCUGAGCGGCUCAAGAUACCCAUUGGCGAAAUUCCCGUCAGGUGGACUGAGAUUGACGGAUCCAAACUGGUGCCCUUCUUUUCCUGGCUUCAAAUGGGAAAAGACGUGUUUCUCAUCUUCUGGAUGUACGCUACAGGAGCGUACCAAUACCCCACUCCCCCUUUCGAUGGCCCAAUUCACAGUCUAAGUCGCAGUACCAAGAAAUCUCGCUAA